AUGAAAUUUGUUUGUUUGGUUUUGUUCCGAGCUAAAAUUGCGUUCAUCGGUUUCGCAGUGAACGUGUUCAUUGUAUUCCAUGUGCGACGCUUGGCAGCUUUUCAAUGCCCUUUCGGUCAUCUGCUUCGGUUGCAGGCAAUUGCUGAUGGCUUGUUUGCUGGAAUAUGGGCGUUUGGAUUCGCACCUGCUUUGCUGUUGUAA